ACAAUAAUAGUGCGUCACUUCCGCAAAUAGCACAGCCCUCUUCCGUUCUUUUUAGGUAUCAAUAACAAACAUGGCGACUUACAGACAGGUCGGCAGGUUGUUGGGUAUUUCAGCAAGACUUUCCCGUCCUCUUGCUGGAAGUGGAUGUCAGAGCGCCGGAUUACACUGGCCUUCACAUAACACAGGAGUCUUGAACAGAUGGCCACAAAACCCCCAUUGGGUUGUUCCUGGAAGGACCAUGUUUGUGCAGACCCAGGACACACCAAAUCCAAACAGCCUAAAGUUUCUGCCUGGUCGCACAGUUCUUGAAUCAGGAACUAUGAAUUUUGCCAGCCCUCGUGAUGCUUACUGCUCACCUUUAGCCAGACAGCUGUUCAGGAUUGAUGGAGUCAAGGGUGUGUUCCUGGGCCCUGACUUUAUCACAAUAUCAAAGUCUGAUCCAAAUAUGGAAUGGAAAGUAAUCAAGCCUGAUGUAUUUGCUGCCAUUAUGGACUUUUUCUCUUCUGGACUUCCUGUUGUUAAUGAGGACAGCAAACCCAGUGCAGAUACAGCACCAUCAGAUGACGAUGACGAAGUAGUCGCUAUGAUCAAAGAACUGCUGGAUACUCGAAUAAGGCCAACAGUGCAGGAGGAUGGAGGUGAUGUUCUGUAUCGGGGGUUUGAGGAUGGCAUUGUUAAACUGAAACUGCAGGGCUCCUGCACCAGUUGUCCCAGUUCCAUUGUUACUUUGAAGAGUGGAAUCCAAAACAUGCUGCAGUUUUACGUCCCCGAAGUUGAGUCAGUGGAGCAGGUGAAGGAUGAGGAUGAUGAGGAGGAGGCUGUUCAAGUUUGAGCUACACUGAAACCAGAACUGCAUUUACACAUUCCUCCCUCCGCCGUCCACCUGCUCUAAUGCAAGCCAGAGUCGCAAUAAAAGAAGCUCAUAGAUAUACAGCACAGCUGUGUGUGUGACAACCCAUCAUCAUCACCAUCAUCGUUUAUCCAGAUGUUAUUGUUUAUUCUGGUAGCAAUUUUCUGUACAAUAAAGGUAUUUUAAAAUAUUGUGACCGAAGAGCUCAGUCAUAGCACUGGAUGACUGUAGAACUGAAAUAAGUUGUAUUUAUUAUUUCACAUUGAUAAACCUUUUCAGAGUCAGUUGCUUGUCAAUAGCCCAAAAUACAUACUGUAUGUAUAUAAAUAAAGUUUUUGAAGUUUUUGAGUGCUGUGCCUCAUAAUCUAA